CGUACUCCCCAAUGAUGCCACCAACCUAUCCUCCAGCGGCUUACCAACAACCAGUUGAGUCCGUUUCUCGUCCGGGUGUUCCUCAGCGGCCAACAGAACCAUAUCAAGCCCCUCAGACUAAAAGAUAACUCUAUGUCGUAUUAUAAAAAGGGAACUAUCCGAAGAGAAAAUGCUAUAACAGAGCCAAUUAAUUGCAACACAAAAGCCCUGGACAAUGAUUAUGACGUUUUCAAUAUGAAAUGCAUACAAACAGCCUUUAGCAACGUUGAUAUAAGAACUAUGAAAUACUGUGAGAUAAGAAGCAAGUCGCAAGAAGAACUGACAAAGAUUACAAAGAAGCGAGAAGUCAUUAAAAGAAGGGAUUACAGCGGAGACUUUGAACCAGAUAUGACAGAGUGGUUUGAAAUCCAUAGCGACAAAGUUAAAGUUAAACUAUUUGGAGAUAAAUUAAAGAAACUAGCAGAUAAGUUGAAAAGACCUGGUGGUGAAGAGAAAGUCAGGAAUAAAAUAGAAAAGUACUUGAAGCAGGUACCUGAACAGCUUUCCGAAGGCGACGAUGAUACUCAGGCGUAUAGAAAACAAUUGCCCAACGAUAUUAUACGAAAACUAAAGAAAAUGCAGUUUACACCUUCGAGUGCUAACAAUAUAAAUGUAUACAGAAUGGAAUUAUCAAAAUACUGCAGCAGAUUUAAGGUUGAGAACUUCAGGAAAGUAGUUCUAAAUUGGACUAAAACGUUGAAUAUCAAGAAAAAGGAUUUCUUAUGCAGAAAUGUGAAGAAAGAAGACGUACUCAAAUACAUAGCUGAAAGGCUAGAACCCAUAGUAUUAGAUAGACCACAGUCCGACUCUACAUAUAAAGAAGUAUUAAAAUCUACCAUCACAGAAAUGGUCAAAGAAUUGCCACUAGUUCUAAAUACUCAUAACAACGAAUUUUACUUGAACAAAAUCACAGAAAAUCUUGUCGACGAUAUAUUAAACAUUGAAACUAAAUUCCCUAGCACGUAUAUACAGCCUACUAUAAAGGAAAUAAAAGAAUUUGUAAGAGAUGAAAUUACAUUUUUCUUGGAGAAAUCUCGUGUAGCUAUAAGCACUAAGAGGAUGGAAUAUCUUGAGUUAGAACUGAUUGAUAUUUUGUUGGAUCUUGUGAAUGCCUCAGACAUAGACGAAUACGUUAUGGAGGACGUUACAACACUUUUCAAAGUAGCAGGAAAGCUACCUGAGUAUAAGGCGAAAUAUUUUACUAAUUUACUAUUAAAAGACUAUAAAGAAUUCUUCUUCCGAGAGAGUUUCUUUCAUGUAAAAGGUAAUUCGGAUCAUGGUAGACCAGACGUUUACUCUGUUUUCCAUAAUAUAAAUGGCACAGAAAAUUCUAAAGAAGAAAAUCACUUUAAUGAAUAUACACAACAUCUUAUUAGCGCAAUCAAUAGAUGGAUUUCAAAAUUAAGUAUUCAUAAUAGUGAAAAAAGGAUUAUUGAAGUGAUAGUAAGAGAUUUGGCUAAUGAUAUUGUUGACAGACACAAAUUUUUACUAUUAAACCCUAACAACCAACCAACAGAUUUUGAAGAACUUGAAUAUUUGAAGUUCCUUGUAUUUAAGUGGACAAAUAAAUUGCUUGGUGACGGAAACGUGUUAAUCUUAGAACAUGCUGACAAAUUGAUGGAUGAAAUUAAAAAUAUACCAAAACCCGUUACGGGGAAUGUAUGCCCACAAACAACUGUUACACAGGAUACUGUUGUUUCAAGUGAUAAAACAUAUACUGACAAUCUAAUGGAACAAGUCUUAAAUUGGUACCAAGGCCUACCAUCAGAAUUUCAUUUAAAUGAAAGUAUGGAUCCUGUUGAAUCAGUUAAAGAUCUCGUUGAAGAAGUCGAAAAGGGUUUCAGUAAUAAAGAAGACGGAAUAGUCGACAAAGCAGUGGCAAAAUGGAACGAAACGGUUUUUAACAACAAAUUAAAUACUGACAAAGUAGAACUAUUGACAAACAAAAUCAAAAGUGUACCUUACACAAAAGAGAAUAUGGAGAAAGAUCCUAAAUAUGAAAAAGUUUUGAUUAGAUCAUACGAAGAUUUGGUAGACGAUUGGAUAGACACAGUACCAUUAGAUCCCAAAAAAGUAGGAAUAUUCACAGAUAACAAAAAUGAAAUAGUACACGAUAUAGCUGUAAAGAUAAGUAAAAUAAAAACGAAGAUUAAAAAUACACCGCUAGAAGUCAUGCAAAGGAAAUUGUCACAAGAGUUAUCUUAUUGGUUAAAGAAGUUACCGUUGCACGCCAAAGUAGACAAAGAAACUUUCAGAGACAAAUAUGCUGAGAAAUUGGUGCAAAAAUUACAAUCCUGUAAUAUAGAAGAGUCAUUAAAAGCACCGGUGAUGAUUAAUGACACAUUUCAGAUUGAAGAAGUGUUGCUAGAAUGGCUAAAGAGACGUCCAUUUUAUAAAAAUAAAACUCCUGAAGUGAAGCAACAACAGGAAGAGAUUAUAAAAGAGUUAGGAAAUAAAUUAAAAGUUGGAGGAGAUAAAAAUACUAGUCUUGACGAAGAUAUCAUCGAGUGUAUAAGGAAACUAGAACCGAUACAGAACGAAGACAUAGUACAAAACAUAGCUUGUCAAUUAAAAUUGUACUUGGAUAAAUUUGAUAUUAAAGAUUGUGACUUAGAGUGUUUCAAGAAAGAUAGUAAAUUAUAUAACAACAUUGAACUUUGGCUAAACAAACUACCACUACAAGUGACCGACGAAAACUUAUUCAAAGAACAAAAAACUCAAUUGAUGGAAAACAUACAACAGUUGAAAACUUCAGAUUGCGACAUUUCCAGUAUGAAAAAAGAGAUACUGAUUUUCAUGAAAUCACUGCCUAUAGAUCGGGAAAAGAAGGAAGACAUACAUUUCAUGAACCAAGAAGCUUCAAAUCUUAUAGAACAUUUAAAAGCAAUACCUGCUGAUACUGUCUCAGAAGAAAUAACUGAAAACAAACUUAAAAAUGUAACAAGUGAUAUUAUCAAAGAAUGGGUAAAUUCUUUGCCAUUAAAAUGUGUAUACUGCCCAAGAGAACUCCAUUCCUUUAUAGACGACAUGACUUCUGUUAUAAACAGAAUUAUUCUAGACUUAAAUACUAUAGAAAAAAGGAAUGAAGAAUUACACAAGGAGAUAGUGAAAUUUCUAAGAAGGUUUCCAUUACAGAGUGAACAAAAUACUGAGAAUCAUAUGACGACAAUGGCAGAAACACUUAUUAAAAGCUUGGACGAAAGUCUACCUCAAAAUAAAAAAUGUACCGAGACUAACAACGUUACUGUAUAUGCUCUGAAGAACACAAAUUUAACUGGAUUUGGCCUUCCUAAUGUAAAAGACAGUGAUAUUAAUGAGAAUUCAAAGGCAUAUACUAAACAGCUUGAGAAUCAAAUAGGCGAAUGGUUACAUAAAUUAGGCUUGCCUAAAACGUUCAACGAUGGCUACAGACAAGUAGCUAUUAAAGAUUUGGCCGGAGAUAUAGUAGAUAGACAUAAAUAUUUAGAACUAAACCCAAAUGCAAAAGAAAAUGAAUUAGAACAUUUAAAGUACCAGAUCUUUAAAUGGAUUAAUAGAUUUGUUGGUGAUGAUAAUCUUAAAACGAUUACACACGCUGAUGACUUGAUGCGUAGAAUUAAGAAAAUACCUGUACCAAUGUUGGUUAGACCUCAAGAUAAGAUCCAAGCACAGUCUGCUUUUGCUAACGCCCGAUACCGGUCCGAUGUAGUUCAGCUUUCUUUAGGGGCACAAAAUAACAUUAACACUACUACAAGCCCAAUAGAAAUGAAUCUAUGGACACAAGUCUAUCUGCAGCAGUCUUAUGCAAAGACUGGUAAUGCAAGCCCUUCUCCAAAUUCUGGAGUACAUGAGACAAACAGUCCUGCAAACAUAUCGAAUGGUUCUCACACGCAUUCAUAUUCAUCGAGUUACUCACAGCCCAGGGCACCAGACGAAGGCUCCAAGGAAGCUGUUUACGAGAAAUAUCAAAAGAUUUUCAGAGAUAAAUGUAAUGCUUUGCCAAUCGACGCUUCAACUGCGGAGAAUGCCAAGCUAGCUGAAUUAGCAAAGACCGCAAUUUACAACGGAAUUAUAAAGACGUUUUUCAAUUUGAAAGCUGAUCCUGAAAUUGAAAAUGAUUAUGGCUAUUUUGAAUUGAUGCUAGAGGAGAAAGUAGAUGAACUAUUGGAUGUUCUCCCACAAUCUCAAGAAUUAGUAAAACAAAGACACGCUUGGAAAGUCAAUAUUGUUACAAAUGCACUUGAUAUGUUAGAGCAGUUGCAUAGUUUUUCAGACAGAACCUCUUUUAGGCAACGAGUCAGGAAUAAGUUUAACAGAAAAUUUGCUAAAGAAUUAGAAUUAGAGCAAUGCUUUUUAUUACAGCAGGGGUUUUUGGCUGAAAUGGCGGACGCAUAUAUUUUAGAAACGAAUUAUAAAGAAAAAGAUGAAGUGAAAGCUAAUAUUUACAAGAAAAGAUUGAUGAAGAAAGUCGAUGACCUAGCCAACCAUUUAUCUAAAGAACACAAUGUAGGCUUCAGAUUUUUUAACAAAGACCAACUGACUCGUAUUGCUAUGAAAGUAUUAGAACAAGUACCAAAGCCUGGAGAAGAAGUUUUGCAAGCAGAAGCUGAAGAAAUUCAACUGGGAGAUGAAGUAGAGAAAUGGUACAAAGAUUUGCCGACGAAACCUCUAGUCAAUGAUACUGACGGGGUAUUAAGGAAAAGAAUGAUGGAUUUACUAGCAAAAAAGUUGUACGACAUACAUAAACGUCACAAAGAUGAUGAAUCCACUAAAGAAAUGAAAAUGAAGCAUGAAAUAAGUCUGUUCCUUGAAAGACGAGCACAAUUACAGGAUGACCAAGAUUUAAACAUUAACGCCAUGGUAGAUGAUCUAAACGAUAGAUUAAACAACAGAUGGUUGAAAGACCCAGAAGAUUACGAAGAGUUUGAAAGAGGGCAACCUAUUAGUUCUUCUUAUGCACAAGCUAAUAAUAAUAACACCUGUUGUUCGUCAACAGAAGCUGGCACUAGUACAGAUGGACCGCCGCGAGAUGGGGGAUAUUUUAUACAACCUGUACAGCAAGUUCAAAAUGUGAAUUCAGUUCAAUCACCCGGUGCUGGUUAUUAUAGCAAACAAAAUGGAAGACCAAAUUAUGGACCUAUUUAUUUGCAAAAUUCUAGUUAUGAGGAUGAAGCACCUAAAGGCAAUUUGUAUGAUAAUAAUUUCAAUUCUAACCACGCCCCUCAAGGUGUUCCCAGGCAUAACAUAGAUCAAAGAUAUUCAUUACCCCCUAAUGCUCCAGAGAGAUACGUUUCUCCACAAAGGGGCACGCAUAGCAUGCAAGAACAUCCAGGAAGUAUAAUGAGAACGAAUAAUAAUAAUUGUGGUCCUAACCAAUAUCCACCUAAGCAUGUAACUCUACCAAAUACGCAUGGACCAAACAUGUCGCAGAUGCCUGGUACGUCGGGCCAAGGGCAGGCACAUGUUCCCCAUCCGAAAGCUAAUUUAUUCCCAAAUGUAGUUAAUAAUGGAAACAAUAGACAAGGAACAUUCCGGAACAAUCAAAUGUCACCAUCAAGAAAUGAAAAUAUGAGUCAACAACAAAGUCCGUAUGCAAAUGGGCCUCCAAGACAGAACCCUAAUAUGUUGCAAGUUCCGAAUUACCAGAGGCCUAGUCAUGGGACUCCUACAGCUCGCUAUGGGUCUCCAGGCACUCAAGGUUCAUCAAGCCAGGGACCAUCCAGCCAGGGUGGUGCCACGGCCGAUGGAGAAGAAGAUACCGGUCAACAUAGAUGUAGAUGUUUGGGAUUAUUCCGUCCGAGACGUAUGUGUUUCGAUCAGGGUAGUGAUAUGUAUCAUUUCUGUCCUCAUUAAAUCGUGUGUGUGUGUUUUAUAUGUACCGUUUAUGUUUGUUAUUAUUUGUGAAUAAAUUGUUUUGAAUAAUA